UUCUAUGGAACCAUGAAGAAUUUAAUUGUGAUCAGUUUACUCAAUGUUUUAGUUCAAACUCAGAAAAUUCACGAAAAAGAAAUUAAAAAUGGCGCGGGAGAAAAUGCGGGAGAAAUUUCUAAACUAAAUGAUCCUGAUGGUUUUUGCAGUAAAGAACAAGAAAACUGCAGAGUAUCUUCUGGCGAAAAGGAAAUUGUAUUUUCAAAUACGCAAUUUUUAAACCAAAUAGUUACAAUAUAUAUAAAAAGACUUUUAAAUAAUAUUCAAAAACAAUUUAACAGUUUUGGAGUAAUGAAAUGGGAGUGUUUUACGAUGAAUUCCCGUUUCCAACAUUCUCUGACGAAAAUUUGGAAGAGGAGCUGAAGUAUAACAACCGUGAGCCUCUUGAAGAAUUUGCUCAUCUAUCCCUUGAUGUCAUCAACCAUUAUCUUUUCAAGGGGCGUGGAAACUUUAGUUCUGAGUUUCGUGUGCUGGUUGUCGGAGCAGGAACCGGUUCUACUGGUCUCUACCUGGCAGAACAGCUGACUCAAACAAAUGCACAGAUUGUAAUCUUGGAGGUGAGCAAAAAAUCUAUGGAAAUUGCCAAGAAGAGAGCCCAAAUUCGUGGAUUAAAAAAUAUUCAGUGGAUUCAUGGCAGCGUAGAGUCUUUAUCAGACAUUGCUCAAACAGGGUUGUUCGACUUUAUCGAGUGCCGCCAUGUUCUAGACCACGUGGUAGAUCCAACAUCUGUUUUAUCCAAGAUGGCGGGAAUUCUGAAACCAAAUGGUGGAAUAAGUUUAUCAAUCAACGGAGGAGUUGGUAGGGGUGGUCUGAUCCACGUACAGAAUAUGGUUCAAAUAUUAACAAAAAAUGAAAAAACGAGUGCUGGGAAAAUAGCCGCGGUAAAAGAAGUGUUGAAGGUGGUUCCUCCACAGAACUGGUUUCAUAGAUACAAGGCUAUUAAUCCUACAGGUCACAUCUAUAGUAGCAGACAUUCCUCUGGUUCAAACUCAUAUACGGAUUCGGAUAUUGCUCAGUUUUUUCUUAAACCAUUGGACAACUCAUUCAGAGUUGGAGAUGUCUAUGAGCUAGCGAAUAAAACAGGAUUAAAGUUUGUCACCUUCUCAGAUUUAUCAAAUAGAAUAACUUUAAAGCUUGAGAACUACUUGCCCACAAACCUGAUGAAAAAAAUGGCGGCGAAAGAUAUCGUGACUCAGCAGAAAAUGGCGGAGCUUCUGGGCCUUGGACCUUUCACCUUCCAUUUUCUUCUCUCUAAGGAAACUAAAUCCGAAGCAAGCUUUGAUAAUCUGGACAAUAUUCCAUUCCUUUUCCUUUCCCCUGAAGGUUUGUUGCAAGUUUUAGAGGAAAAAUGCAAAGACCAGGAUAGUGAUGGAACCUUGUCUCUAAGAAUGUAUGAAGAUAAUUCCCAUCUAACUCAACCUUUUUCUCUUCCUUGCAACCCACAUGCUACGGAUUUUUUGGGGAGCCUUUUAAAACAUCCAGGACAAAGAACAGAGAAAAUUUUACAAAACCUGUUAAAAAAGUAUCCAGAAUUGACCCCAGAACACAUGUUUUCGCGUAUGACUGGUUUCUACAAUGCCGCAAAACAUUCUGGACAAAUCCUUUUACGACAUAAAAGCAUUGGAGGAUUUCCUCGAAGUAAAAUAUCAAGUUUUUAUAAGAUUUCAAGAAAUUAAAAAUAAGUUUUUUAUUUCAUCCGCUUAAAUAUUAAAAUAUUUUAUUGAACAGUAUUUUUAGUGCUUAACCCAAAUUUUCAAAAACAGAAAUAAAAGAAAAACUUUUCAGAAGAUCAACCAUUUACAUUUAAAGAAACAGCUGUAAGUAGUUUGAGCCGUUUUUCUCAAAAACAUUUAUGUCAAGAGGAAGAAAAUAUAUUUAUAUAUAUGUGUAAAGAGGAA